UGCCUGUGUGUACGUGUCCGUAGUGCGCACGCGUAAGACCACGUACCCCCCGAUUCCUUGGAGCGUCGCGUUGUUUCGCCGUGUUUGCUGCUAGUGUGUCCAGUCACACUUCCAGGGCAUUGACUGGGGAAGGUAAGCGGCGGAGAGGAAGGGGGAACUUCAGCGCCUCUCCGAAAUGGCCGGACAGCAGUUCCAGUACGAUGACAGUGGCAACACGUUUUUCUACUUCCUAACGUCCUUCGUUGGACUCAUUGUCAUCCCGGCCACCUAUUACCUGUGGCCGAAGGAUCAGAAUGCGGAGCAACUUCGCCUGAAGUCUCUGCGGAAGGUGCACGGGAGAUGCCAGUGGUAUCGUCUGCGGCUCAUGAAGUCCCAGCAGAGCAUCAUCCCAACUCUAAAAAAAGCGGCCUUGUUAUUUGGAUGGGGAGUCUUUUUACUCCUUGCCUAUAAAGUUUCUAAAUUAGACAGGGAAUACCAGGAGUACAAUCCUUAUGAAGUCCUAAAUCUGCACGCGGGGGCGAAUAUCGGCGAAAUCAAGAAGCAGUACAGGGUGCUGUCGCUCAAGUACCAUCCCGAUAAAGGCGGGGAUGAGGCCAUGUUCAUGAGGAUCGCCAAGGCCUACUCUGCGUUGACCAACGAGGAGUCCAGGCAGAACUGGGAGCUCUACGGGAACCCAGACGGGCCUAGAGCUACGAGCUUUGGCAUUGCUCUACCUGCCUGGAUUGUAGACCAGAAAAACUCCAUGGUGGUGCUGCUAGUCUACGGGCUUGCCUUCAUGGUCAUCCUUCCUGUCGUGGUGGGCACGUGGUGGUACCGGUCCAUACGCUACAGCGGAGACCAGAUCCUCAUCAACACCACCCAGCUCUUCAUGCACUUCAUGUACAAGACGCCCAACAUGAACAUGAAACGGCUGACGAUGGUGCUGACGGCCGCGUUCGAGUUCGACCCGCGGAGCAACAAGGAGGCCACCAUCCGGCCCACCGACAACAUCGAAGUGCCGCAGCUGAUCCGCGAGCUGGGCAACAUCAACGUGAAGAAGAAGGAGCCUCCCUUCUGCUACCCCUACAGCCUGAAGGCCCGCGUCCUCGUGCUCUCCCACCUCGCCCGCAUGGAGGUGUCGGAGGACAUCGAGGAAGAUCAGAGGUUUGUGGUGAGGAAGAGUCCGGCUUUGCUGCAGGAGAUGGUCAACGUGGGCUGCCAGCUCACCAUGAUGGCCAACAGCCGGGGAGGGUUCCACGCCCCCCGCCUGGUCUCCAUAGAGAACUGCAUGAAGCUGACCCAGAUGGUGGUGCAGGGCCUGCAGGAGUCCAAGUCCCCCCUCCUCCAGCUGCCACACUUUGAGGAGGAGCACCUCCGAUACUGCAUCUCCAAGAAGUAUAAGGUGCGCAGCCUGCAGGACCUGGUGAGCCUGAAGGAGUCGGACCGCCGCAGCAUGCUGCGCUUCCUCGGGGAGGAGAAGUACGACGAGGUCAUGGCCGUCCUGGCCAGCUUCCCGCACGUCACCAUGGACACCAAGCUCCAGGUGCUCGAUGACGAAGACAGCAAUAAUAUCACCGCGGGGUCCAUUGUAACGGUGACCGUCACCCUCACAAGAAAAACAAUGGCGGACGCGUUCGAGAAGGAGCAGGACCUGGUGUGUGCCGGGGAGGAGGUGGCCUCGACGGACACGGGUGACGCCAGCAAAAACAAAACCAAAGUUUGGCAAAACAAGAACAAAGGGGCGAAGAAGGCGGCCAAGUCAAAGAAGAAGAAGCUGACCAAGAAGAAGGGAGUGAGCCAGCAACAACUACAACAGCAACAGCAGCAGCAGCAGCAGCAGCAGCAACAACUACAGCAGCACAAGGCUGACAAGCUGAAGCAGGCCAACGGAAACGUGGCAAGCAACGACGCGGCCCCCGCGGCGAAGGAGGACGACGAGGACGCGUCGGAUAAGGGCAGCGAUUCGGAGGAGGGCGAGGCCAACAAGGACUCCCCCAGCGAGCGGGAUGAGGAGAGCGACAAGCAGAGCGACACGGAGGUGGACGAGAUCGCGGGAGACGACGAGGAGGAAUGGGAGGCUCUGCAGCAGAGCAUUCAGCGUAGGGAGAGGGCUCUCCUGGAGACCAAAUCAAAGAUCACACAUCCCGUCUACAGCCUUUACUUCCCCGAGGAGAAGCAGGAGUGGUGGUGGCUGUACAUUGCAGACAGGAAAGAGCAGAUGCUGGUGUCGAUGCCGUAUCAUGUCUGCACUCUCAAAGACACGGAAGAGGUGGAAUUGAAAUUUCCUGCUCCGUCGAAAACCGGAAACUAUCAGUAUUCCGUGAUUUUGAGAUCGGAUUCCUACUUGGGGUUAGAUCAGAUUAAGCCAUUAAAGCUGGAGGUCCACGAGGCCAAGCAGAUGCUGGACAACCACCCGCAGUGGGACAUCCCGGAGACCGAGGAGGAGGAGGAGGACCAGGAGGACAGCGACGGCAUCGAGGAGAGCGAGGAGGAAGACGAGGACAACGACUAGCCCUGUGAACGCCACGGACUGACCCCCGCCGACCCGUCCCGUCGCCCCACGCCGCCCGAAUCCCCCGCACCCCUCUCCCCCCAAUCGCUACCCGACCCACAGCCCACCUGACUCACGCCUGACCGUGACCAGAGUGACCCACCCCAUCCCCACGCAGAGCUCCACACGGGUCCACACGGGGCGGUCUCUCUCUCUCUCUCUCCCUCUCUCCCUCUCUCUCUCUCCCCCCCUCUGUCCCCCCCCCUCUGUCCCCCCCCCCCCCCCUCUCUCUCUCUCUCUCUCUCCCCCUCUCCUUUAAAUUUCCUAAAAUGGAGGGAAAAACCCCGUCUCAGACAGCAGUGAGUCUGAUGUGUUGGUUGAUGUAUGUGUCAGGAUGUGGAGCAGGCCGUGCAUUGUGGGAUAUGUAGUUCCCUGCCCCCCCGAGAGGCCACAGACACGUCCAGCCCAGGGCCCCUCACGGUCUCGCCUCCUCUGUGAAUUCUGGGGGUGCAGACGGAGCCACCCUGUGCCCCACCUCCUUUAACGAAAUAAAAAAAAAAGAACUGGCCUGUAAAAUUGUUUUUUUAUUUUAUUUUGGUUUUUUUUUUUUUUUUUUUGAAGAAAGUGGGGAAGAAUGUCAAUUUUUUUUAUUUUGUAGUUUUAGUAUUCCACAGGUCUGAUGAAAAAAAAAAAAAAAAAUGGAAAAAAAAAGUGGAAAAUAUGUGAGGCAGUCACUUAAACAAAAAAAAAAAAAGCAAAAAAAGUUGAAUGUUGUCUGUUUGGAUUUCUAGAGGGUUUUUCUGGCUGUAGAUUGUUGUAUUUUCACAGCACUCGUGACAAAAGUGCGUUUUUCCGCGACAUGGCAGGGGAGGUGCAGCCACGCCGGGCUCUGUGCGUCUGACGUUUCUCUCCGAAAGACGGGAGCCAGGAAGCGGUCCAACCCCCGUUCAGCAGGCCUCGGCACUUUAACUCUGCGGGUUUUUAUUUUAACACUUAAAAUGGACAUUCCACCACGGACCCCCAUUUUCUUGUGAUCGAACCCCCCCCCCCCACACACCCCACCCCCCGAACAUCAGGACUGUAAAACUCCAGUUGGUAUUAGCUGUGGUUCUUCAUACUCAUUUUCAGUUUUCACUGUUCUAUAUGGAUUAUUUUAUUCUUAUUUUUUUGACACCGUGCAUUCGUUUAGCGCCAUUUUGAAUUGUCACAGCUGAGUGGAACUACAGUCUGUUGACAGCUGAGGCCUGCCAGCAAACGUUAGAAAUUCUAUUCGGCGUUCCAAAGUUAGGCAGCUCUCGGCUUCAGCGCGACGGCGAACGGGACGAGAACCUCGUAGAACCGGUGACGGGGGCGACGUCGGCGUCGUCGGUCUCCGUUCUCGACCGUCGGACGUUUCAGAAUGCUUAGGUUGUCGGGGGGCGGUGCCGACCGCUUUUGGCGACCGUCGGCACGUUGGAGCCCGAGCCCUCCGGAGUAGCGUGACGCGAUUGACUGUAGGAGCACAUUCCGGGCGGUUCCUUCAUCUGUAAUGCCUUAUAAAAAAAUCACAAGACUAACCCACACCUGCGUGUGAAUCCACUUGUACAGAGCCUCCCGUUUAGGAGAGCGAACCCCACCGCCCGCCCCCCGUCUGAAUCAUUUGGCCUUCCCCUCUCAGUUAAAAAAAAAAAAAAAUAAUAAUUUUUUUUUUAAAAUUUUUAUCCAAAUUAUUAACGUGUUGUGUUCUUCAUAACAGCGGUGAGAUGAUUGACAGGCGAGCCCAGGUACCUUACCGCUCUCCAGCCGCGUUCAGGCUGAGCUCGAGGCACGGGCCAGGAGAACGGUUUGAGGAAGCGAGCAGUACUUCAGCGACCUGAGAACGGGAGCAGUACUUAGACUUCACCGGUCUCACUUCCCAGUGAAACACCCAGCCCCAUUGGUCUGUAUCCAGGUCCCUUUCUCACCAGGCAUUCUCUGUCGUAGUUUAAGAAAAGAAAAGAAAAAAAAAGGUCUGGGUUUCUUCUCAUGGUGAAAAGAAACUUUAUUCUUCUUUAUUUAAUGUGAAUUGUUGCCCAAAGAGGCAGCGGUUGGCAGACGGUUAGCAUAAUCGUAUGGAUUAUUCGAGCAAGAGGAGCCCAAAACGCUUUGGGGGGCGGGGGACGGUCGCUGAACACGAACUGGGACCAUGCAGUGAGCCAAUGGCAUUGGGUUAAUCAGGUACUGCUCAGCAGACAGUGGAAUCGCAUAGAAAGGCAAAGGGAUUACCGGUUUGGGAAUUUGGGCAAUUCUCUUAAGACUAAAAAUAAAUAAAUAAACGUACUAAAGUGGGAUUUGAACUGUUUGCAGGCAGUCGCCCCGGUUCGAAGAUGAUUGGUGUGAAGAUGAUUUUCAACUGAUUGGACAUUUUGUCUAAAAUUGUAGAAAUUGUAUGAAAUGUGACUAGCAGGACAUGCUUUCAGAUCCUUGUUUUUUUAAUUUUUUUAUAAUAUAAACCAAUUUGAAUUUAGGACUAGGCCCAGAACCUAGUAGUCUUGUGUAUUUUAUUGUUUUUUCUGGAACCUACAUGAUGCUAAACUAAACCUUGAUAAUGACUCCUAUGGAUAGAAUUUUCUUUUUCUUUUCUUUUUUCUCCAUAGCAUAAACCUACUGUGGGAGGGAAAAGGGCUUCAGCAAGACUGCAUGCCCUGUUAACACAAAGCCCGGUUAACCAAACCGUAAAAUCCAAUUUCAAACAGGAUAUCUACAAGAUUAUUGUACUCAAGUAUUAUUGAUCUGCAAGAAUGUAGCAUUAGUUAACAUGCUGUGUUUAAAACUGCAGUAACAUACAGUACUUAAUUUACACAGAUAGUUUAAACCCUUACAGGCCAAAUAGGAAUAAUUACCCAAUAAUAUCUGCCACUUUUGUUUACAAGAAAACUGUCAUUGUAAAUGGAAAAUAUAUAAUAUUUGUAUUUAAAUCAUUUCAAAUAAAAUGGUAAGACCUUUUAAAAACGA